UCGCCUAUCCUCUCCUCCCCCACCCAUCCCCAGCAACGACACAUCUCUCCUCCUCCCCUCUGCCGCAAAUCCCGGCGACUCCGUCCCCGUCCCCGUCCCCCUGCCGGCCUCGGCUCCUCCUCUCUCUCUCCCAACGCCGCACGUCCGAACACCCCACUUCCCCGUCCUUACCCGACUCCGUUUCGUGCGCGGUGAACCGAAGGCGCGGCGCGGGCCACUGCGGGGGCGGUGAGGUCUCCCCUUCGCGGCGCGCGAGCGCCCCUAUGGGCCGGUCGUCGCCAGCUAUAUACCGCUACCAGCUCGUCGACCGGCGGAAAGGUAUCGGCUCGCGUUGGCGGAAGCUCUCCAGAUCUGCUGGCGUAGAGGAGGCUCGCCUCGGGUUCCGGUGGUAGAUCUGGCAAGGAUCCUCGCCUCCGGAUCUCGUGAUUUGGCUUGCCCCGGCUUUUCUCUCCAAGCGUCCUUCCUUUUGCACCUCUUUGUUUCGGCGGCGUGGGUAGCUGGUGCUGGUGCUGGCCUGGAGAGCGUGGAAGGGCUUGGGCAAAUCUUAAUUGGAAGAGUUUUCUUGUACAUGUAAUUUCUGUUAAAAGAUGAGUUCACUUAAUAAACUUAUUCCAAAUAAUGGAGAUGCAAGGUUGAUGUUACCAAAUAAAGUUACCGCAUUAAACCCUAAUGCAGCAGAAUUUGUACCUUCAUGUAUUAUUAGACCAUCCUUUGGAGGCAGCACAGCUUCAGACGCAAGCAAGUCAGAUUUUAGGGGGUCUUCUGGAAAAACAAUUCUAGAUAGGUCUGAGUCGUCAAAGUCUAAUAACUCGGACGAUGAGGCACACCAGUUUUGGCGUAAGCAGCUUCCAGAUGAUAUUAUUCCAGACUUCAGUUCUUUUGAGAAAAUUGAACAAGAACCUGAAGAACUGUCCGUUGCUGGAUUAUCCUUGAAUGCACCUCCUUUCUAUGGGACAAAAGGUAGUCCCUUGUCAAGAGAACACCAGGAGUUGUCUUCUCCAGCUAGCAAGAGCCUUGAGCUGGGGCACUCCAAUUUGCUUUAUGAGGAUAGUUCACAUGCAGCCUUCUCAACUAUGGGUUCAAGCAACUGGGAGCAAAAUUAUGUGGGUGAUCUCCAUUUCACUAAUGAAAAUCAGGACCUUCAUUAUGAUUCUGAAAGUGCCACGGGCUUUCCCGACAGUUUUGCUAGUGAAUACGCUGUCGCAUCAGAUGGCUUUGUGGACCCUCUAGAGUAUCUAGCAUCUCAGUUUCCGGGAUUUUCGGCGGAGAGCCUUGCAGAGCUGUACUAUGCAAAUGGAUGUGACUUCAAUCAUACUAUUGAAAUCCUCACCCAGCUGGAGAUGCAAGUGGAUCCUACCUCCAACCAGAGUAUGAAUUUGACCCCCAGUGCACCAAACUUUAGCACGGGGGACUUCCCUGCUCUGCCAACAACAGAAGAUCAAAAUGGUUUCUCUAACGGAAAUGUGGAUAUCCUUGGCAUCUUCAAUGGACGUAAUUCGUCCAGCAUAUCUAGUGGUACUGGUGACUUUGUUUCAGCUGUUCGGAAACUUGCAUCGCAGAAUUCUGGCCACCUGAAGUUCAAGAAAGGUCCUGACUACGGCAAUGGUGUUUCAACUGUUUCUUCUGUGCCCAAACAAUACAGUUCUAGCAUUAAGGCAUCUUCUGGGAACAAGUUUCAGAGUGUUAGCAAUGCGAGAGCAGCUCCAUGGCUUGAUACUGGUGAUGCAGUAGCAAAUAUGUAUUCAGAAUCGAGGGAAGAAGCUCGUGAUUUUGCCCGUGUCCGAAAUGCAUGUUUUGAGCAAGCUAGGCAAGCUUACCUCGUUGGCAACAAAGCUCUGGCCAAGGAACUUAGCAUCAAGGGACAGUCCUACAAUUCACAAAUGAAAGCAGCUCACGAGAGAGCUAGAGAAGCUAUUUAUCGACAGAGGAACCCUACUUCUUUGCAACGGGGGAGUGACCGUCUGAUCGAUUUACAUGGCCUCCAUGUGAGCGAAGCAAUCCAUAUCCUGAAGGUUGAGCUUGGUGCCCUGAGGAGCACGGCAAGGGCUGCAGGGGAGAGGAUGCAAGUCAUGAUAUGUGUCGGAACAGGCCACCACACCAAGGGUUCUCGCACCGCAAGGUUGCCUAUUGCUGUCGAGCAGUUCCUUCUGGACCAAGGCCUCCAUUACACACAGCCACAGCCUGGUCUGCUCCGGGUCGCUGUGUACUAACAUCUCUUAGGUAAGCGCCACACAUUGAAAAGCAACCCAAAAAAACGGAGAAAGAGAUGUAAGAAAGGAAAAAAAAAAAACAGCUGUUGGAGCAACUGUAAGUUCUUGGUAGUUGUAUAUUAAAAGAGGCAGCAGGAGAAUAGCCUGACAAACAGAAUACAGUGUAAAAAUACAUAGAUUCAUUCAAUUCAGAUUCCAUUUUCUGAA